AUGGAUAAGCAGCAACAGCAGCAGCGCCCUCCGACCAAACGUGCUGCCGACCCCGGUGAGCACUGUGCAGAAGCUCAUGCACUAGCAGCGUCCCCUUCAGCCAUAACCCUGCAACCCAGUGAGGAGAAGUGGAAGGCGUGGGAAGAGGAGCAGCUCCGCAUUGCGCUGCUGGCGGAUGUACCGCUCACAGAGUACUACUACUGCCAUCACUUCAGUACCGAACAGAAGAGUGCAGUGCAAUUGAGUGAGGAACACAACACGGGCCCAACGCCGGAUAAGGCUUUUCUGCAUCGACGCUUCGCGUUGCCAGAUUUUGAGGCGAGUUUAGCGGCACACUCGCUGACAGACGCAGGGAGCAACGGCGAAGCGUGUAACGCCAACUCGACGGGGUGCCUCCCAUCGAGCCCCAACUCCCCAUGGGAAGCACUAUGGUACCAGCUCCGGUUUGACAAGGCUCAGCAAAGCACAGCUGCUCUCUCGCACUCUACCUUUGCGCGGCAGCUGCCAGCCCUCACGUUUGUUGGUGGUGUGGAUAUCUCUUUUAUUCCUGGCACUAAUGACGGUGUCGCCUGCCUCGCUAUCCUACGCUAUCCAUCCAUGGAGCUCGUCAAGACCUACCUGCACCGAUGCACGCUUCGGGAACCGUAUGUGUCCGGCUUUCUCUCCUUCCGCGAGAUCCAGCCCGUGUGCGAGCUCAUCGACGCAGUGCGAGCAGAGCUGCUGGAGACACAGACACUGCCACAGGUGCUUGUCGUGGAUGGAAAUGGGGUGCUGCAUCCCCGCCGCUGUGGGCUGGCAACGCACCUCGGCAUUGUGCUCGACAUACCAACAAUUGGGUGCUCAAAGAAGAUGCUGCGAGUAGAUGGACUGGGACGGGAUGCAGUAGAGACAGCGCUGGCGACAUUGAGCGAGGCAGAGUCAAGCACCUCUUCUCUUCCUUGUAUUGUUCCCCUGCUUGGCACCUCGUUGCCAACGCAGCUCUACGGCUACGCUGUGCACAACCACCUGAACAGCGUUAAAAAAUGCAUCUACGUCUCGCCAGGCCACUGCGUCGGCUUUGCCGUCGCCACUGCGCUGGUUAUAACGAUGCUGCGCUACCGCAUUCCAGAACCGAUCCGCGCUGCCGACCUCGGUUCCCGGGCGUACAUCAGCAGCGCUCUGGUGUCAGCGGCUGCUACCUCCUCCUAG